ACCAGGUAGCUGGCAGCUGUUCUUGCACAUUCUUGUAAGAGAAGAUCCCAGAGGGGCCCCUCGGUGCCCCGCAAAUGAGGGGGACCUGUGGUGAGGGUCAGUGACUGACCCGAGGCUGAGCCCUCUCGUGGCAGCCGAGGUUGGGGGCACUCACCUUGAUGUCAGUACCUGGGGCACAGGCAUCUUUGCCUGGAGAACACAGGCCGUGCUGUGUCCAUCUCCGGUGUUCUGACAGGCGCAAGGACAUGGCCAGUCCCGGGCAGGGAACGGACCACCACUGUGUGGGGUCAGGAACUACUGGUGCCGGGGCAGGCAACUUGGACCCAGUCCCACUCACGGAGUCUGUGAGGUUGGAAAGCCUUCCUCUCUCCACCCUGAGGGCCAGUCCUGAGGAACCACGAAGAGGUUCUUGGGAGUUUUUCCUGAUCUCUAUUGGAGGAUGCGGGGGAUCCUGCCCGUUAUGCCAAAGAGUGAGUCCUGCAGCUUUUAGGAGCUCGAAAGCCAAGCCCGUCUCUGUUCUGAUGUGGAAACUGAGGUCCAGGAAGGGGCAGUGGCUUGGCAGUGGCUUGGCAGUGGCCACUGGGCUCCUGGUGCCUUCUAUGCCCUGAGUCAGGCGUGAUUUCUCCUGGGCACUUCCUCUGACCUGGGUGACAGGUGAGGCCUCCUGCAGGACCCUUGGAAAGUUCCGGACUAUCUGGAUUAUCCGAGUCUGAAUGUCUUCAUUCUUCAUUGGGUGGGGGUUGUUUUCUCAAAUGCUUUUAGGUGGUUAAACUACUUUUCUCCCUGGGGAAAAUGUAACCUAGCUUUUCUUCAACUGAUAUUUUUUCAUAUCCAGCUCAAGGCAUGUUGGGUUCCUGGAGGCUGCCUACUCUUGGGGGGACUACUGGGGGUGGUGGGGGGAUUUGACCCAGCUCCCUGAGCACCUGCUUGGGUGAGCAGCCCUCACCUCCCCCAGUGAAAGACCCCGUCAGCCCAGGAGGGGCAUGAAGCAGGAGGUACCUCUUGGCUGAGCGCUGGGCUGGGAGGAGCCCAGGAAACCCCACUCCUGGGACCUCCUGGGGCAGGACCCCCAGACAUCAGGGUGCAGGGGCCUGGGGGCAGGGGUGGGUGCUCACCUGGUUCUGCAGGCGACUGGGUCCCUGGGAGAGCCAGCACCUGCUGAUCACUGAGGAUGGCCCUGGUGGAAGGGUACAGACAGGCCCCCUGCCUCUCCAAGCUCCCUUCCCCCACCAGUUGGGCCCUGCACUGCCCUCUGCCCGCUGGGCCCCACCUCUUGGAUGAGCAGAGAUGGCUUAAUCCAAGACCCACUGGAUAGGAAGGGAGCCCUGAGGCUGUUGGCUCCAGGGCCAGGUUAAUUGAAGAAGCGAUUGGAUAGGGAGUGGGGAGAGGGAGGGGGCAGGGCUGGGAUCAUGGGGCCUCCCUCCUGCUCCCUCCCUCCUUUCUCAGAGGAGCCAACUUCAAAAGCCCUGUCCGCCUGCCUGCUCUGCUGCAGCCCGUCCAGGGAAGCCCCUUGACCAGGCUUGUUGGCUGGGCUUGGAGUGGGACCUGGAGUGGCGGCCGUACUCCCCACCUGAGGACGCCAGGAUCAUGUGUGAGGCCCAGUGGUGGCAGUGAGGGAGGGCCUGACCCUGCGAGCCCAUGGUGCCCCCCAAGCCCGUGGUCUGGGUGCUCCUGCUGGCGCUGCUAGGGAUCAUGCCACGCCAGGCUGCACUCCGUGCUUGCAGCGUCCCUGACGUGCUCCACCACUACCGUGCGGUCAUCUUCGAGGACUUGCAGGCUGUUGUAAGACGUGUUGGGCCAGGGGCCGAAGGGACCGGGCCAGGGUCCAGAGACCUCUAUUUCAUUAAGAAAAACCUGACUGGAGCUGCCACCCCCCAGCGGCGUGGACUGGUGGGAGCCUCUUGUGGCGCCCAGAAGGAGCACAGUAUCCUCCUGUCCAUCGCGUCCCUGGGUCAGACCCUGCGUGGGGCGGUGGCGGGGAGCCGCCGCGGGGCGCUGGAGAAAGCGGCAUGGGCCGUGGCCGUGCGCAUCGAGGCAGUGAUGCAGCGCCACUGCUGGACGCUGCGCCAGCGGAGCCGCAGGCCGGAGAGGCGACCCGCGCGGCGUCGUGGCGGCCGGAGGCGGCUGCUGCUGCGCGCCCUGGACGCCGUCGCCACCUGCUGGGAGAAGCUCUUCGCGCUGCGCGCCGCGGGCACAGACGGCUCCCGGCCGCCCGGGCGGCGGCGAAGAGCCGGCGGGCCGUGGAUCGUGGGCGCCAGCCCGGUCGGUGGACGACUGCGCGCUCCCGGUCUCCUCGGCGGCCUCGGCUGACCGCGGGGCCCCGGCCCCUCCCCUGUCGCGGCCCCAGGACUUGGAGGUUCGAGCCCCGCGCGGCCGCGCUGGUCCGGAGGCGCCCCGCUCUCCACGCGCCAGAGAAGCCUCAAUAAACUGAGCUGGUGCUGCGA